AUGGGGAGAAAACUACCGUGGAAAACAUCCUCGGCUCAGUCAAGUCCAGAGAAGAAACCGUCUCUAAAAUCUGAAAGUCCACAUCCGACGCCUUCUCGAUCACCAAAUCGCCAGACUGGUACUCCUUCAGCAUCUACCAAGAAACCGCGUCGUGAGCGCGUUGUCGAAGCAGAAGAUGGCGUACGCAGUCCGUCGACAUCGCCUCCUCCGGAGCCACCACCAGAGAGAUUCAUGAGAGCUGGCUUAGGCCACGAUGAUCGCUAUCGCAUGGUCGAAGACGAAUUCGUCAACAUGGCUCACCAAUUCACCGUCCAUCUCCAUCGCGCAGAGUAUAACCGCCUAAAGAACCUGGCUAAGUACCAGAACGCGGAUACAAUCCGCGAAAUAGAGCGCCCCAGCGUUGGCGCGCCUACUCUUCUUGCGCGGCAACGUCAUGAGACCGCGCAUAGAGAAUCUAAGCAGCGCACUCUUCUUGGGGGCUCCUCUAACAACAAAGAGACACCCUACUCGGGUUCGAGUUUGCAGGGUCUUAUGGAAAGUCCGAGGAAGGAGCAUAAGUGGAUUUCAGCAGGUCUGGCCGACGCGGCUAAGACGAGAGCUUCCGCUGGGUUCGAUUCGCAAAAGAUCACACCGGUACGGAUGAAGCAGAUUUCAAAGCCUUCAUCUGGGCAGAAGAGACAGAUUUCUCUGGCAGAUAAUGACGAGAGUGAUGAUGGGGAUGAUUUGGAUCUCGCUACGCCUUCACGCACGCCUGCGACGAAAGCGGCGCGCACAGCUCAAACUUCAAGCCCAGCUAUGUCGCGUUCAGCACCUCGACCGGCUUUCAGUACUCCUCGGGUGCUGAAUACAACAACGAACACUACUUCGCGGUCAGGGUCCAGCGCUAAGCGACCAACUACAGCACCAGGAGAUGGAGCUCGGCCGACAGCUAAACGCAGCGAUGUCCAUGAAGACAUUGACGAUGACGACAUGUUUGGGAUUACAAAACGGAUGUCUGACCGUCGCAAGUCAAGAGGGCAAAGUCGCAAGACGGAAGAUAAAGCACCCGCCAAUUCUUCGCUCGAUGACAUCCCUUCAUUUAUAUAA